AUGCCAUCUCUCUCAACGACAUCCGCAGACAAUCUACCCGACGCAAGAUCAUAUCUCCAGAAUAAGUUGGAAGUGCCCACGAAAUCUCAACUUAGCCACGACGAGUACGGUAUCUGCAACAACGACGACUUUCGAUUUAUAAGCAGUCACAAUACCAACGAAGACUCCACAAUCGCAGAAGUAGAGGAUCCCAGUUAUUACAUAUUGAUAUCUACGUACGUAAGCUUCGUCUUACUCAUCGUUAUUGGCCAUAUGAGGGAUUUCUUUGGUAAACGCAUGUUCAAUAAGCAUUACAAGCAUCUCAUGCCUAAUAAUGGUUACGCUGCUCUUUUAUCCGAUUUCGAUAGCUUCUAUACGCGUAGGCUUAAGUUGCGUAUCGAUGACUGCUUUAGUAGACCAACGACUGGCGUGCCUGGUCGUACGAUACUCACACUCGAUAGAGACUCGGAUGAUUACAACAACACCUACUUCUACUCGGGGUCCAACACAAGAUGCCUCAACGUCUCAUCAUACAAUUACCUUGGUUUCGCCCAAGCUAGAGGCGGCUGCGCAGAUGCUGUUGAAGACUGCAUUUCGAGGUACGGCAUUUCUGCUGGUGGUCCUCGUCUUGAAGGUGGUACACUCGAUUUACACCAUCAUGCGGAGAAGCUGGUGGCUAAAUUCCUGGGCACCCAGGACGCUAUGCUGAUAUCAAUGGGUUUCGCUACGAACUCAACUACUAUCCCUGCACUCGUUAAUAAAGGCUGUUUAGUCAUUAGUGAUGAACUCAACCACAGCUCAAUUAGAUUCGGUGUGCGUCUGUCUGGUGCCAGUGUAAGACAGUACAAACACAACGACAUGAAAGACCUCGAGAAUUUACUUAGAGAGACCAUCUCCCAAGGCCAACCUCGCACACACCGUCCAUGGAAGAAGAUAUUGCUAAUUGUAGAAGGGUUGUACUCAAUGGAAGGUACACUAGUCAAUCUUCCAGCAAUUAUGGAAAUGAAGAACAAGUACAAAUUCUACCUCUAUAUCGAUGAAGCUCACUCAAUUGGUGCUAUCGGUCCACACGGUAGAGGUGUGUGUGACUACUUUGGAAUAAAUCCUCGCUUGAUUGAUAUACUUAUGGGUACAGUUACAAAGUCAUUUGGUGCUGCUGGUGGUUAUAUCGCAGGUGAUCAAGAUUUGGUGAAUAGAAUCAGACAGAGGAGUCAUGGAAUGACUUAUGCUGAAUCCAUGUCUCCGCCUGUACUCACCCAGAUUAUCAGUUCGCUCGCUUCCAUCACAGGCGUCAAAGAGUUUGUCGAAGGUGGUGAACAUAUAAGUGAGGACACACAUCCAGGUCCAGUCACUCACAACACUUUGCCGCAUUGGAUGACCCUUCCAAGAGAUCUACUGGAUGGUACAGAAGGCAAAGAUAGAUUGAGAAGACUGGCGUUUAACGCUCGUUAUUUAUCAUCAGCACUGCGCAAGAUGGGAUUCAUCAUGUCUGGUUCAAGGGAUUCGCCAAUAGUGCCGUUGUUUAUAUUCAACCCAGCAAAACUACCGCUCUUCUCAAGAACAAUGAUGGACAGACUCACACCGGGUGCUGCUUCUAUCGUUGUUGUAGUCGUCGCUUACCCAGCCACACCAUUGACCAGUGGUAGAGUGAGAUUCUGUCUUUCGUCUUCACACACCAAGGGGGAUAUCGACGAAUUGUUACGCGCGUGCGACGAAGUUGGGGAUCUUCUUAGUCUCAAAUUGUCGAGGAGAGAACCAAAGUGGACAGUUGACGAAUGCAUAGACAGAGCAGUUGAAUUGGUUCAAAGUGAAUAUGCAUAA